UGAGUGCCGGAGCGAGGGUGGAGAGCCGGGCGGGCAGGAGGAGGAGGCGGCGCCCGCCCGCCGGCCGGCCGCUGCCUGCAGACCUGCAUCCCGCCGGGCGCACGAGCGAGCGGCGAUCCUGUGUGCGCCGGUGCGCGCUGCCGCUCAGCUGCGGGCGAACGCGGGGGCCAGGCCGGCGCAGGGGCCGAGUUUCUGCAAAGUUUGACCUGGUUGCCUUUCCGAUGCUGCAGCAUAGCAAGGCGGCGCUGAGCGCGCCAGGCGGCUGCGGCGCGGCGGCGGGGACAGCACGCUCACAAUGAUCAUAAAAUAAGGAGGCGUUCGGGGUGGGGGCGAGAGAGCCCCGAUCCUCAGCCCUCCGCCCCCGGCCAUCCCCACAGCAACCCGGAGCCAGGAGGGGCUUGGGGACCCGGGGCGCCCACGCCAUCACCAGACCCUAAUAGAGCCAGGGGACAUUACUCAGGGGAAGGGGCGCCCCGAGAACGUGUGGGCGGAGGGGCCAGGGGCGUCCGGAGGGCAGUGACCCAGGCACCUGGAGCGGCGCUAGGGGCAGGUCCUCGGCGAAGCAGGCGGCGGCGGACACCCAAGCGCAGCCCCGGGGCCCCACGCGGCAGUCGGCAGCGACAGCGACAGCGACAGUGGCAAAGGAGCGCGCGAGUGGGCGCCGGAGGGGACCUGGAGAGCGCCUAGCCCGAAGCGCGCCUCUUGGAACCGCGCGUGGGUGCCGGCCACGCAGGGCGCCAGACCUUUGCCGUUUGAACGAGAGCUCACGCUUGCAAUUGAUUGGGCCCCGCCGAGAGGGCGCGUGUGUCCCGGGGAGCGGGUGCGGAAGGCAGAGGGCAGGAAGUCGGCUUGUGCAGCGAGGGUGGCGCGACCGCGCGGGGACCGAGCCUUCCUUAUUUAUGUGCCUGCCAGCGCUGGUCUGCUUCCUCCGAAGACUUCAGGGAGAGUGUCUGAGCUACCAUUCCCAAGUGUGAGGACGCAGGGCUGGAUGUCAGAACAACAUGCUUAUCCAUUAAACUGCAAACUUUUCUUUUUUUAAAACCCAAAGAAUAUCGGUGGCUUUUGCCCACUGCUAGAAAAGGGAGCCUAGGACUUCUUGAGAUGCAGCAGAAUCCGUAUUUAUAACCAGGCCCGGUAGUGCUAUGCAAGCCCCCUCCACUCAGUAAGUUCUCUGUCCUAUGGAUCUUGCUUUUGAGCUUUGAGAUUAGAUUGCGCACUCUACACUGGGUUCUGCAACCUCCAUCCUUUCAAUGCCCUGUUAUUUUUGGGACUGCUGGCCUUCCCUGGAGAUUAGAGCGGUCCUGUGUGCCAUGGGCUGUAUCCAGAGCAUCGGAGGCAAAGCCAGAGUCUUCCGGGAAGGGAUUACGGUGAUUGAUGUGAAAGCCUCCAUCGACCCCAUCCCCACCAGCAUCGACGAGUCCUCCAGCGUGGUAUUACGCUACCGGACACCCCAUUUCCGGGCCUCAGCCCAAGUGGUCAUGCCGCCCAUCCCCAAGAAGGAGACCUGGAUCGUUGGCUGGAUUCAGGCAUGCAGCCAUAUGGAGUUUUACAACCAGUACGGGGAGCAGGGCAUGUCUAGCUGGGAGCUCCCCGAUCUCCAGGAGGGCAAAAUUGAGGCCAUCAGUGACUCGGAUGGGGUGAACUAUCCCUGGUAUGGCAAUACCACCGAGACCUGCACAAUCGUGGGCCCUACCAAGAGAGACUCCAAGUUCGUCAUCAGCAUGAAUGAUAACUUUUACCCCAGCGUCACGUGGGCCGUGCCCGUCAGUGAGAGCAAUGUGGCCAAACUGACGAACAUCUACCGGGACCAGAGCUUCACCACAUGGCUGGUGGCCACCAACACCUCGACCAAUGACAUGAUCAUCCUGCAGACUCUGCAUUGGCGCAUGCAGCUCAGCAUCGAGGUGAAUCCCAACCGGCCCCUGGGCCAGCGUGCCAGGCUGCGGGAGCCCAUUGCCCAGGACCAGCCUAAGAUCCUGAGCAAGAAUGAGCCCAUCCCGCCCAGUGCCCUGGUCAAGCCCAAUGCCAAUGAUGCUCAGGUCCUCAUGUGGCGGCCCAAGUAUGGGCAACCGCUGGUGGUGAUCCCGCCCAAGCACCGGUAACAGCCAGGCCGCUGCGAGCUGAGACUCACGGAACAAUAUUACUGCUCAGAAGGAAACCCAGAUGCCCUCUCCGGUCAUUCAGAAAAAUACAACCAUUCUACCUUCUCCAGGGGCGGAUCUCACUGUGCUAAUACCCCGCUGGCCUCCUGGCUCCUCCAUCUGCUUCCCCACAGAGCGGGGGUGGGGGGGGGACGACACACCACUAGGACAGAUAGUCGGCCCCUCCCCCAGGCCACCUCUGAUCCCUCCUCCUCCCUCACAAUCAUUUGUUCACUGCAGCCGAAUCUCUGAAACACUGCUUCCCCGUCUCUUUCUCUCUUUCUGGGAUUCGGGGGCAGGGGAGGAGGCUGACCGUGAGGGGACCCAGCCUGCCCCUCCCGCCUCCCCUCUGUCUAUCCUCUGCCAUGCGGCCUUAUGUAGACUUGCUUUGCCAAACUUUUGCCUUAAGCUGAAUUUAAAGGAGAAGAGGAAACAAAAGGUCUCCGGUGUCUUCCCUGCAGGGCCUGCCUCCUUCUGCCAGAGUUGGAGAGAGGGGCAGGCCCAGAGGGAGGUCCACCUGAGCCCCUCUCCCUGGGUGUCUGGGUGAGGGGCAAGAGUGGGGACUCAGGACUAAAGCCAGCUGUAUUAUUAUGUUGUUUCGGCAGAAUCAAAACCACAGACUCUGCCUAGAGCCCCAACUCUACCCCAGUAGAACCUCUCCCUAGUACCUGCUGGGGUGCCAGUUGGGCAUAGAUCCUCGACCCUCCUCUCUCCUCAAUAGCCUUAACUUGCCUGGUGAGGGUAUUCUGGGAGAAGGAAGGGGCAGGUCCCAAAGCGUUAGGUCAGGGCUAGGGAGCUUUCCCCUUUGCUAACUCCAGAACCCACCCCUAGGUAUGUGGCUUUUUCUCUUCUUGGUCCCAAAUGCCUGGUGGGGUGGGCUAGGGCAUUGCCACUGGGUUCCGACAGUCACAGCUGACUAAGGUAAAGAAGGUGUGCCCUUCCCUCCUGACCUGCAUUGUCACACUUGAACCCGGGGCUCCGGCACCCCGGCUGCCCAUCCACUAGCACACUGUAAAGAAGCCAUGACAGGGCUUCUGGCUCAUUCUCAGGGGAAGCAGCUCCCAGACUCCCUGGGAGUGGGCUGCAGAUAAGCUCUGAGCACCAGUUGCAGGGUGCUCGGCCCCUCCCCUCCCCAUCAUAGGUGCUCCUGGGGUGGGGAGGUCUGGGGAGCAGUCAGCUGACUGCCUGUUUCUUGUCUGGAAGAAGCCCAGGCCCAGGGCUGGAGAGCCCAUGCUUGGGAGGUGCCAGGCACUGUGAAACUGUUUUGACACAUGGUGGCUAGUCUUGGGGUCCACUUUCUGGAGCCCUAGCACUUGGCCCUGAGUGAUACCAGUGUUUCUAGAAAUGUCUGCUUUGAGCUGCUUGAGGGACAUCCCUUCAAGCAUGCCAAGAGCCGCUGUAUCACUGGAUUCCAACCAAUAAUAAGCACAGAAAACCGUCAUACAAGAAAAAUAAUGUUUUUGCUGCUGAUGAGCCACUUGUAGGGGAAUCUUGGAGACAGCGUGGGAGGGCGUGGCUAGAUCCCAGCUCUGUUCCUACCUGUGAUGAAUUUCCUUUAGGGGUGCUUAAUGUCCAGUCAUUCUCAGGCCACUGAGGCUGGGGGCUGCAGUUACCUGGAGUACAGUGAGCUGAGCAGAUAGUACAGAGGGUGCUGGAGAGCCACUAGUCAUGGCUGGACCUCCCCUAGAACCUUCCCUUUGUGUGUGUGGAAGCUGUCCCUUUAGCUGGGAGCGAAAGCCACAGGGUCCCAGCCCCGCACUCGAGGACAGGACUGGCCGUUGGCUGGGCCCUGGUGAGGGUGGAGGCGAGCCCUUGUCCUGAGCUGGGUGGUCACUGAAGGGGUCUUCCUGGACAUGGGGUUAGGGAAUAGGAAUGGUGGUAAGGGCAGUCUGAACUGCUGUGGACACGGAGACUCCAAAGCUCACGUUUCUUGAGAUCCCUCCCUGCUGCAUGCCUGGCUUUGCCCACCUGGUUUUUCUGGCUCCCCUUCCUCUCUGCCCUCCUGCCUGGCCCAAGACAGGGCUGGAGAGAGUCCAGAGAGGCUGUGUGGGUCUGGCCGAGAACACCCAGCUUCUAUUGGGCUGGUAACCUCAGCCCAUUGCCUCAUGUUGUCGACACACCCCAGGCUUUCUGGGGUGCCGAUCCCUCUACUGCUGUCCUUCCCAGGCGUGGACACUCACUCUUUCCAGCAAUAAGCGCCAACCAUACUUGGUCAUGGAGAUACUGUGAACACAGCCCAUGCGUGCACUUACCAGCAGGCGCGAGUCUCUUGAAGACAAUGUCAAAUGAACCUUUUUCUAAGUUUAAAAUAAAAGAUA